AUGAAUGUGAAGCGAGAAAAAAGAAGAACGAAAGAACCAACGAAGGUCGUAAUCACCCACAUGUGUCUUGUCUACAUGCAAGGUACGAACUUUCUUUUUCUUUUCCCACACCCAGUUGCUAUUUUCACUGUAUAAUAUAACAUGGCUACUACAAAUUCAUCGACUCACUUUCCAAAAUCUUCAACAACGUUUUCAUGGCUUCUUCUUCAUCUUCUUCUUCUUCACUAAUCUUCAUGUCCAUCCUCCUCCUCCUCUUGUACCUCCACUCUUCGGCGGCGCUCCCCCUCUCCGUGGAGAGACCCGACGAAGACGUGAUAGUUUCGUCGCCGAAGGGGACGUUCACGGCGGGGUUCAGGAACGUGGGGGAGAACGCGUACUGCUUCGGCGUGUGGUUCUCGCAGGCGGAGAAGCACGUGGUUUGGAUGGCCAACCGCGACGUUCCGGUGAACGGGAAACGCUCCUCGCUCUCCCUGCUCAAGAACGGCAACCUCGUGUUGUCUGACGCCGGACAGUUCGACGUUUGGGACACCAAGACUCUGUCGGAGCAGCCGUUGGAGUUGCAUUUGCACGACACCGGGAACCUCGUGCUCCGGGAACAGACCAAUAGAAGCUCUGUUUUGUGGGAAAGCUUUAAUUUUCCGACUGAUACACUCCUCCCUGGCCAGCUUCUCACCAGGUUCACGAAGCUAGUCUCUGCGAGAAGUGAGGGCAACUAUUCCUCUGGGUUUUACAAGCUCUUCUUCGACAACGACAACGUUUUCCGUCUUUUGUACGAGGGUCGUCAAGUUUCAAGCGUUUAUUGGCCGGAUCCUUGGCUGGUUAGCAACAACGUUGGGUUUGGUAACGGAAGAACCUCGUACAAUAGUAGCAGAGUUGCAGUUCUAGAUGAUUUGGGUCUAUUCAGUGUUUCUGAUAAAUAUAGUUUAACGACAAUUGAUUAUGGGUUACUCCUUCAACGAAGGUUGACCCUUGACUAUGAUGGCAAUGUUCGUAUCUAUAGCAGAGAAAACGGUCAAGAAGAUUGGUCAAUAGCAGGGCAAUUUAAAUCACAACCUUGUUUCAUUCAUGGGAUCUGUGGACCUAACAGUAUAUGCAGUCAUGAUAAAGCAAUUGGUAGAAAGUGUGAGUGUCUUGAAGGAUAUAGCUGGGUUGAUAGCCAAGAUUGGUCUUUGGGUUGCACACCAAAAUUCAAAACUACCUGUGAUAACAAGACAGAAUAUCGCGUAGUGCCUCUCUAUGAAGUGGACUUUUAUGGAUAUGACUAUGGAACUUCCUUUCAAAAUUACACAUAUAAACAAUGUGAGAAACUGUGCUUGGAGGUGUGCGAGUGCUUGGGCUUUCAGUACAGCUUUGCUGUAGAGAAUGGGAACUUUUGGUGUUACCCAAAGACGCAGUUGCUAAAUGGACACCAUUCACCCGGUUUCCCAGGGCAAUUUUUCGUGCGUCUGCCAAAAGAAAGUGCUCAAGAGAACCACCUGCAAAACAAUGAUGGCUUGGUUUGUCCGAGAAAUGCAGAAAUGCUACUAGAAAGACCAUAUGUGAAAGGCAAGGAAAAUGGGUCUGUGAAGUUCAUGCUUUGGUUUGCAGUUGGCUUAGGAGGGUUUGAGGCGGUGUGCAUCUUUAUGGUGUGGUGUUUCUUGUUUAGGAGUAGCGACCAUUUGGUCAGGGCAGACCAACAAGGGUAUGUUCUUGCUGCAGCUACAGGGUUCAGAAGGUACACAUACUCUGAACUGAAACAAGCCACAAAGGGUUUCAGUGAAGAGAUCGGAAGGGGUGCAGGAGGGACAGUGUACAAGGCUGUGUUAUCGGAUAACCGAGUUGCAGCAAUAAAAAAGCUGCACGAAUUUGCGGACCAAGGAGAGAGUGAGUUCCUCACUGAAAUGAGCAUCAUUGGAAGGCUCAAUCACAUGAACUUGAUCGGCAUGUGGGGUUAUUGUGUGGAAGGAAAACACAGGAUCCUGGUUUAUGAGUACAUGGAAAACGGCUCUUUGGCUAAUAAUCUUCCAUCAAAUUCACUUGAUUGGAGGAAGAGGUACAACAUUGCAAUGGGAAUGGCAAAGGGUUUGGCCUAUUUACAUGAAGAGUGCUUGGAGUGGAUCUUGCACUGUGAUAUCAAGCCUCAAAACAUACUUCUUGACUCUGAUUACCAACCCAAGGUGGCUGAUUUUGGCUUGUCCAAGCCAUUGAAUAGAAACAACCUCAACAACUCAAGCUUCUCUAGAAUAAGAGGCACAAGGGGUUACAUGGCACCAGAAUGGGUUUUCAACUUGCAAAUCACUUCCAAGGUUGAUGUUUAUAGCUAUGGAAUUGUUGUGUUGGAGAUGAUAACUGGGAGGAGUCCAAUGAUUGGAGUCCAAGUGACAGAACCAGGGCAAGAGUCGCAUAAUGAGAGGUUGGCAACAUGGGUGAGGGAGAAAAGAAGGAAAACACCAGAAGGAACAUCUUGGGUGGAACAAAUUGUUGACCCCACUUUAGGAUCAGAUUACAACAUGAAGCAGUUAGAGAUUUUGGCAACGGUGGCUUUGGAAUGUGUAGAGGAAGAGAAAGAUGUGAGACCUAGCAUGAGUCAAGUCGUUGAAAGACUCCAAAAUCAUGAACACGGUUCUUGAUUAAUCUCGAUUAAUCUCUUCUUGCACAUGUCAUUUUCCUAGUUGUUAUUUGUCUAUUCCUAGCCUCUUGAUAUUUUCUCCAGUUUAGAGAAAGAGUGUUUAUUUCUCUGGUUGAAUACUGUAGUUUGAUUAUUAAGUGUUUAUAAAUCCAUC